CCGUCCGCGCGUCGCCUUCGCCGCUGUCUGAUCCCGAAUCAGUCAAGGCACGCUCCACCGCCGUGGCGGCCGCCUCGCCGGCCACGCCACCGCCACCGCCAGCCCAGCCCUCGCCCCCGCCUCCGCGACCGCGACGCAUCUGAGAGACUGGGAGCCCAGAGCUGCGACUUGCGAGCCGGCUGCCGCGGUUCGUGCCAUUCCCCCUCUUGCCCUCCGAAUUCGAACUCCUCUCCCCGCCCUGCUCCCCUCACCGCCUUCCCUCCCCUCCCACCCCCGCGCUCCCCACCCCCCCGCGCGCGCCGUCCGCCGUACCACCGGCCUCCGCAGGGGAUGCAGAACCCCGCCACGCCCGCCCCAGCGGCGGCCCCGUCCAAGGGCAAGUCGUCGGCGCAGAACCCUAGCGGGCACCACGCCGCGACGCCCGGCCCAUCGGGGACGCCGUCCAAGGGCAAGUCGGCGGCGGCGCAGGCCGCGGCCGCGGGCCAGGCUUCGUCCUCCCACCACCACGCCGCUGGGGGCGCCGACGCGUCCGCCACCACCCUCAAGCGCAAGCGCGGCGUCUUCCAGAAAGACCUGCAGCACAUGAUGUACGGAUUUGGGGACGAUCCAAAUCCACUUCCCGAAACCGUUGCACUUGUGGAGGACAUUGUUGUGGAAUAUGUCACUGAUCUGGUGCACAAGGCACAGAAUGUUGCAUCAAAGAGGGGGAAGCUCUUGACAGAGGAUUUUCUUUACCUUAUACGCAAGGAUAUGCGGAAACUGCACCGAGCUACUGAACUACUCUCCAUGAAUGAAGAGCUCAAGCAAGCAAGGAAAGCUUUUGACGUUGAUGAAGAGACGCUUGCCACAAAUGCCGUAUGAUAUCUUCGCAGAAGCCUCAGAAACCAUCAUACGAUCUGCAUUAGUUUUCCAUCCAGUUGUUUCUGCUGAAAGGAAUCAAUAAUGUUGGUUUUUGAGGGCUUUCCUUGUACUGACAAGAAUAUUGCAUCAUUCCUGUUGCCAAUACUUAACACUUGAUACGUACUGACAACAGUUCACCUGUGCGUUCCCAUGUUUAAA